AUGACUACAUCAAUACCAGGUCAUGUCCUGGCCGAUUCUGCCCCAGAUCUGCAGCAGAGCGAUGCUCCCAUAAGCUCCCUGCACCUGUAUCGCCGUCUUUUCCAGGGGCGCAAGCACCUCUUUGCCCCCUCUGAUACAUCAUCUGCCGAUUACUUCAUUGAGAACCCUGUUCCCCAUAAACAUCAUGGGUCCUGGAAACCAGUCUUCUAUCGAGGAGAUAACCCAAAAUACACACCUACCGCAACAGUGAUCGGGCGUGCCUUUCGCACGGCUAUUUGGAGCUCGUUCCGUCUGUGGUUGGGUGAUGGCGUACGCGAGGUUUUGGAGAAUGAGGCGCGGGCGAAAGCAAAGAGAAAAGCGGCGAGGAAAGCAAAAUGCAGGAUGGUAUUUGGGUUGAAGCCGAAACCGCCAAAGGAACCACUAGAAGAUGAGAAGGAAGUCCUUGGAAAGGUGGUGGUAGUUGAGAUGCGUAGGGGAGGACUUUUUACUCGCAAGUUUGACUGGGAGGUAGAUGGCGAGCAGUAUCGAUGGUCCGGGACGAGGAUGUUUUCAACUGGACCAAUGAAAGGUGUCAAGGGAUGGACGCAUGACUUGAAGGGCCGAAUUGACGAUGCCUUCAGUAGAACGCCAGAGAUUGAUGAGCAAGACCUGAACCUUCAUGGAACCCAUGCUGGUAACCUCACCGCGGACGCGAUUGCACUGUCAUGCUGGAUUGUCGUGGAGGCGGAACAUCGGCUUCGAUAUAAAGUCCUGGAUCUUUUUGAAGAGAUUGGGGAGAGUGCUGGGGGCUGA